AUUCAAUAUCUGAAAAGACGAUUCCGUUUUGCAUUGUGUAAGUGGUUUUAAAAAGUACUUAUGUCUAAUUUCCAUGGUGACUUUAUGCAAAAGUUAGUGGGUAUCAAACAAGGAACAGAGAACUGUGAGUACACCUAUUCGAUUGCAACAAUUAUUAUCAAUCAAAGUGCAACAAAUUGUUAUUGGGCCGCGAGCAUACGGGAAUGGAAUGAAGUGGGUAACGAAAAUUACUUUGGCGGUGCAUACAAGGUCGGAAGUACGAUUAUAUUUCCAAAGCUCUUCAACCGAGGUCACGGAAACUUUAGUAGUGUAGCUUACGGGUCGCACGCCACUGCCGGGGCCUGGUGGGGGCAACAUCAUCAUACGCAACUUACAACCCAACAAACAACGCCAACACAUUCCGCAUCGGUUAUGUACGAAGACGCUGCAAUUGUCCAUCAGCAACAGCAGCAGCAACAACAAACAGGACAAGGAGGUCAUAGCCCGCCUACGAUCCAGCAGCAACAACAGACCGCCAGUAAUCACGUCGUCCCGCAGCAACAAACAAACGGACAAACUACAACGAACAGCGUGCAACAGCAGCAAAACACAGUGGCGUCCGCACAAACACAAAUUGUGGCGCCUUCAACGGCAAGCGAAUCGCCGGCCAGUGUCAGUUCGCAACCAACAGAAAUGUCGCUCAUUGCAGGACCUCUGCAUAUACCAGCGAAACGGCCCGGUUUCGAUACCGAUCCGUCUGUAAUUCGACACCCACAUCCGUGGGGUUACGAUACAGGCUUUGAAUCGCAAUACCACCCUCAUUCGCAAUAUUAUCUUGAGCGAGAUCGAAAACCAGUGUAUUACGGGUAUCCAGAAGCGCAGUUUCCACAG